AUGGCGGACGCCGGCCGACCCGCCAACUCCUCGCUGGUCCUCUGUCCCUCUGCCGCCACCCUCUACUUCAUCCCCUCCGUCUACGGCCUCCUCUUCCUCACCGCCCUGCCGGGCAACGCCCUCUCGCUGUGGGUCUUCCGGCGCCGCGUCUCCCCGGUCUCGCCCGUCCACGUGUACCUGUCCCACCUGAGCGCCUCCAACCUGCUGCUGUGCGUGGCCGCGCCCUUCCUGGCCGCCUACCACGCCGGGGGCCGGGCGUGGCCGCUGCGGGGGCCGCUCUGCCUUCUGGCGCUGCACGGCCUGACCCCGCUGCUCUACGUCAGCCUCUACAUCGGCCUCCUGAUCCUGGCCUGGGUGGCGCUCAGUCGCUUCGCCGCGCUGGUCCAACGCCGGCACGCCUCCGCCCCCCGGCCCGGCCCCGCCCUGCUGCCCCGCGGCCUCUCCGCCCGCCUCAAGCGGGCGCCCUUCGCCGGGGCCGUGUGCGCCGCCAUGUGGGCGCUGACGCUGGGCAGCGUGGUGCCGGUGAGCGUCUACUACUCGGCGAGGGAGGUGGUGGGGAGCGCCGGGGAAGGGGGGAGGUGCUACAGCCUGGAGGUGGAGCUGGGGGGCGCCACCUCGGCCGUCCUCACCGUCUCCGCCGUCUCCGUCUUCUUCCUGCUCUACCUGCUGGUGCUGCUGUCCUACGUGACGGUGCUGAGGCAGGUCCGGCGCUCCCGGCGCAGCACGCGCAUCCCCGCCUCGCAGAGCCUGCUGACGCGGGUGUUCCGGAACAUCGUGGUCAUCCAGGUGGUGCUUUCGGUCUGUCUGCUGCCGUAUCACAUCUUCAAACCGAUCUUCUUCGUCUUUGCUCGCAAUCAGCCGCAGGUGCCGGACGACGGGAGCGGCUGCCAUCCGCUCUCCGCCUUCGUGGAGGUGAAGAACGGCCUGUUUCUCCUGGCCGCCCUGAGAGGCUCCACCGACCCCGUCAUGUUCUUCCUGUUGGACCGGUCCUUCCGUCUUCAGACGCUCGAGCUGUUGAAGCCGAGCCGGAAAAAAAAACCCAGGAGACAGGACGCGUGUUGCUCGACCACGGAAAACACAACCCAGAAGGUGGAGGCAGGAAACACGGCGAAAGCCUCUUCGGACACAGGUCAUGGAAGUGCUGGGUAGAUCGGAGCAUGAAGAUGCACCGAGAGCCACCAAACUGCUUUUUUUUUUUUCACCGGAAGACA